CAGCCCACCUCUGUCCUCACCAUCACAACCCUAUUCAUUUAUGCUAACGACUCUCUCUCUCUACAACUGUGAUCUGCAAACUGGGUCUCUUCUCAACUGAUCUAUUAAACAUAUAAUUAUCAUACAAUCAUGUCUGCCGACGAACCAAAAUCAAAACCAGUCAUAAUUCGCGAAGUCUGGUCUGAAAAUCUCGAGUCCGAAUUCGAUCUCAUCCGUGACCUCAUCGAUCGCUAUCCUUACAUUUCUAUGGAUACAGAGUUCCCCGGCGUCGUUUUCCGGCCAAUCACCACGGUCGAUCACGGUUGUCGGAUGAGGCUACUGCCGUCGGAUCACUACAAGGUCUUGAAAUCAAACGUCGACGCUUUGAAUCUCAUCCAGUUAGGUCUUACGCUCUCCGACGCUGCCGGAAACCUACCCGAUCUCGGCUCUGGCCACAACGGUUUCAUUUGGGAAUUCAAUUUCCGAGACUUCGACGUUGCGCGUGAUGCUCACGCUCUCGAUUCGAUCGAUCUGCUUCGUCGCCAGGGAAUUGAUUUUGAUCGGAACCGGUCUGAGGGGGUCGACUCGGCCCGGUUCGCCGAGUUGAUGAUGUCAUCGGGCCUUGUUUGCAACAACUUGGUGAGUUGGGUGACGUUUCAUAGCGCGUACGAUUUUGGCUACCUGGUUAAGAUUCUCACGCGCCGCGCGUUGCCGAGUGGGCUCGAGGACUUUUUGGGAAUUUUGAGGGCUUUUUUCGGGAACAAUGUUUACGAUUUGAAGCAUAUGAUUCGGUUCUGUCAGAGCUUGUACGGCGGUUUGGACCGGGUCGCGAGAAGUCUAGAGGUGGACCGGGUGGUCGGGAAGUGCCACCAGGCCGGUUCGGAUAGUCUGUUGACGUGGCAUGCGUUUCAGAAGAUGAGAGACCUUUACUUUGUAAAAGAUGGACCGGAAAAACAUGCCGGUGUGUUGUAUGGAUUGGAAAUAGAGGCUUUCUAGAAGAAUAUUAAUUAAUUAUUCAUUUAAUUAAUUUUGUAAAUUAAGUUGGGUAAUUUAUUCUAAUUAUUGAAGAAAAUAUUUUCUAUGAUCUAAAAA